AUGAAUGUGUGGUUUCCAUUUGGUCAAGGCAAUGAUAAUAAAACAGACGAUUCCAACAUACAACGUGGUGUGGAAGAGUCACCCACACACGGUACCUUUGAAUCUACUCCGAGAACCGCACAAUUUUGGGGACUGGCGGGUAAAGAGACCUACACUGAACAGUCCAGUCCAGUAAUCGCAACAACUAGCACGGUUCCUUUAAUGUCAGCUGCUGCCGCAGCAAUGGCUCACAGCUUCUUUACAGGGGAACCCAUUGAUACCACAAACACCCCUCUAAAUUCCUUACUAACAGCAGCUGCUGCUUCAAAUCGGCACCAGGAGACCUGUGUGAGAGUGGAAGGUUUUGUUCCCUCUAGGCGCUCUCCUGCAAGUUCUGCGGCAUCUGAACAAAGUGCUCCUUCUCCUCAUCGGACCUUCUAUCCACCUGCGGAUGGCUAUCAGCAAGGCUACGCGCACUCAACGGUUCCCAGAAUUGACAAUCCUAAUCUGCCUCCUCCUCUUCCUCCUCCUCUUUCUCUUUCUCAACCCCCGCCUCCGCCAUUACCUCCACCUCCACUCCACCAUACUCCAAAUUACUCCAUUGGAAGUGGUACAUCCUCUACGGCAGAAUCGAACCCUGGAGUUAGCGCACUUGGAAAUGUUGGUGGAAAUAUGGAACAAAUCUGGCCUUGGAUGACUGUAGUAGGUAAGUGA